AACUUGGGCCAGAAAAGAGAAGCAAAAGUUUGGCCCAUUCUCUGAAAAUGCAAUAAACGCAAAACGCGGGCAAAGCAGCCAUUGACUAAAAUCCAUGGCUUAAUGUAAAACCUUGUGCUCCUCGUUGAUCUCCUCUUUUCCCUUUCUGCUUCUGCAGCUAUUAUGGCGUCUACAAUAACUCGCAGAUUUACAACCGAACUUCUUAAAAAUCCUUCUUCUUUUUCUUCUCCACUUUCAUUCCUCAGGCAUCCCAAAACAAACACAAAAUUUUCAACCUUCUCCAAUUCCUAUAUCAGAUCAACUCCUUUUGUCCAGAGUCAAAGUCAGCUACCAUUUCUUGGCACAAUUCAAAACUCUAUUAAACCCAAUAUAUCACUUUCCCAAAAUCAAAUUAAUUAUAAAACCCCCAAAUUUCAAGUUCAAGGAUUUCUACCGAGAUACUUUUCAUCUAGUGAUGGUGGAAACCCUAAAAUCGCUAGUGAGUAUCCAAGUCAAACCCCUGAAUUUAAGCACCAGGAGAUCACAGGACCAACUGUUGAGCGUGACGUUACACCACUUGGAAAUGAGACCCGUGAAGUGCUUGAUAAAAUGCUUAAAACAAUGUACAGUUUGAGCGAAGGAUUUGCUGUACUUGGGCUUGUACAGCUUGGUUUAGGAGCUUGGAUCACUUACAGGACUCAGUCCUCCCCAAUUCCCGAGAUCUCAAUACAGAGUUUCUUGGCUUUUGGGUUACCAUUUUCUCUUGCAUUCAUGUUGAGGCGAGCGCUGAAGCCCAUUUACUUUUUUAGGAAAAUGGAAGAACAAGGUAGGCUGCAGAUUUUGACUCUUACUCUCCAGGCUGCUAAGCAAUUGAACUUGUUUUUUGUUCGCGUUCAGGGUGUUACUUACUCUUGUAUUGCUGUUACUUCCCUUGGAUUGAUCCUUGUUGUAUUCUCUAGAUUCAGCAAUUAAUUUUCCGUUGGUAUUAAAUCAUGAUCAAUAGGGAAGCUGAAUAAGAGUUGGCAGUUUUGAAUGUUCUGCUCUUUCGAUUUGGAAAUGAAGCUUUUGUUUCUUGAGAAGUUUUUGGUUGCCCCAUGAUUUAAGUAGUUGCACGAAAUGUUUGAUGUUGAAUUUGUAAGCUGAAUGCUGAUAAAGAUUUAAUGGGAAAGCUUUAGCAAUGACUUCUGCAAUUCAAUGUUGAUUACAAAAGAAAUCUAUCAUAUCUUACUUUGGUAUAAGCAUCUGGUAUUCGGAACCAACUGGUCCAGCUAAUCUGGAAUCUGGAAUCUGGAUUAGUGCCUCGUAGGGAUCAUUUAAUGAGAAGCGCUCCUAUCAGGGGUUUCUGCAUUCCCAGGACUCGAUCUUGAAACUUCUGCUUAAGAGUGGAGGGAUCCCAUCCGUCUGAUCGAUCUUACCUUUGUUUUUGCUAUUUCACACUUCCAUUGAUGGAGAUAUUUGGUCCACCCCUUACAAAACCGGCUGUUCUGUUCGUUUUUUUUUUUUUUUUUUUUUUUUUUUUUUUUUUUUUUUUUUUGGUAAUUAGUCAAAUUUUAAUUACCAAGGGAAAAAAUAUGUACAAACAAAUCAAAACCCCUAAAGCUGAACAGCCCUAACCUUAGCACACCUAUCUCCUUAACCUCCCCCAUCCCUUUUUACAACAUGUUUCCAAGCAAACUUAGGGGUAAUAGUUCAUAUUUCUCAAAAUUCCAACUAUCCUACCAUUCCAUUGUCCUCUGCCAUGUUAUGCACAAGAUGGAGAAAUGGCAGAUCAAGUAAAGAACUAUGAAUCACUUGUAAAGCAACUUAAGCUAUAUUUGUUAUUAACAUCUAUAUCACAUCAUUUACAUCUUGCAUGCAUUGAAGUAGAACAAUUAUCUUUACAAAAGUAUAUAGCUAAGUUGGAAGCUCGGGUUUGAUCUUUA